AUGGAUUACCCGAUACCUGCUGAUUUUCAAGGUUAUGAACCAAUUAAGCCAAGGAAAAUGGUAAAAUUACAGAAAAAUGAUGAACAAUCAUUAAAAUAUUAUAAUCAUCAAAAGGAAGGAAUCCAACCAGAAAAAGCAUAUCACACCGACGCUGGAUUCGAUCUUCGAUAUCCAGGAAAGAAACCCUUGAUAUUAGAACCUCACACGAUAACAAAAAUUGACCUUAAAAUCGCCGUUGAAAUACCAGAAGGAACUAUGAUGCAAUUAGCGUCCCCAUGGACUUUUCUAGUAAUAUACCUCGACGAUACAAAUAUACAUUCACCCACGUUUGGAAGUCAUUUAGACCAUCUCCAACAAACGUUUGAUCGUCUACAAAAGGCAGGAUUACGGUUAAAUAUUCAGAAAUGUCAUUUUUGCAAGGAAAGUCUUGAAUUCCUAGGACACGUAAUAGGAAAGGACGGAAUCAAACCAGAUCCAGCAAAAAUCGAAAAAGUAGUAAAAUUCCCACAACCUACCAAUUUGACUACAUUACGAGGAUUUUUAG